CAUACACGGACGCCUCCCUCAGUGUGUGUGACAUGAUCUUGACUCCUGAGUCCUGACUGACUAGUUUAACUAGGCAAGUUCGCAUUGAGAAGCCUUAGGAGACGGUCCUGCUUUGCUUCACUCCUUAUCGACUGCAAUUGCACUCACAAAACAUUAACGAAAGAUUGAAUUGAAUUACUUCACCGAACCGAGAUGGAUGUAAGGAGUUUGGCACCAGUUCUUCUCCUUUUGUUCGCUUUUACGACGGUUUUGGCCCAAACAGCCGCACCUGGCGUAGCUUGCGAGACCAAGAACGGGACCAGCUGUGAGGAAUGUCUAAACAACGUGACGUGUUUAUGGUGUAUCAAAACCAAGACGUGUGUGUCGUAUCCAGUGAGAACCAUCCUGCCACCACACUCGCUUUGUCCGCUCAACGACGCUCGCUGGGGCUUGUGUUGGAUGAACUUCCAGAGUUUGAUCAUUACUCUUGCGGUGCUGGGUGGCGUCAUCAUCAUCGCCUUUCUGAUCUGUCUCUUCUGCUGCUGCAAGUGUGAAAAUAUUGGAUCGUCAAGUUUCUUGGCCAAGAUGGAGCGACAGGUUAACAAGUCGAUGAACAAACAGGAGACGAGGCGGGCUGAAAUGAAACAGAGACAUGAUGAUAUUAGAAGGAAAUAUGGCUUGAAUGGACCAAAUCCUUAUUCCCGAUUCGGAUGAGAGGACUGACGACUGUGGGACUUAACUUGGCAAAUGUCUUUUUAUUUAUGAAGCAAUCCGUUCAUGUAAACUGCCAUUUAAUGAUUAUGAAGUCGAUGCCUCUGAUGUCAUAAGCCGAUGAACAGGAAUGUUGUUUAAGGAGCUAAGUGGCUGUAAAAUAUCAAUACCAAUCAAAUAUUUUUAGCAGCUGCUGGGUUUAGAAUUGUAGUAUUAGGAACCUAUUUUAUUGCACUUUUUUCAUCUUUUUUUUUUGUUUUUGUUUAAUUUCAUAGUUCCUGGUGAAUGUGUGUCAGUCACACAUUUUUUUUUUUUUUUUAAUAUUUAAUAGUUUCAUAGUGUGUAUCAUUCAGGUGUACUGUUGAUAUUAAAAGACUAAAAGUGACACCUUC